AAUUUAUAAAUUUUAUUAAUUUGGUCAUUUCCAUGUUUUAUAAUUGUAUAUAUUUAUUUAACUAUGAUAAUUUCUCUCUCAGUUGAGAGGGUGCAAAUGAGAUAACUUAACAAAAACGAAAUGCAGAUACUACAGUACAUUGCUUUGGCUCUUUUGUUAUUUCUGUGGACAUCUUAACGGAAAAAAGGGAAUGCAUUAUUAUUGUACGAUUUGAUGGUUUUCUUUUAGGCAAUUUGAUUAUAUAAAUAGCACCACUGUUCACAAAACAUUAUGCAACUAAAUUAUGACUCGAACACUAGGAACAUACUCAAAAUCCGGCGCCGCAGUUUUUUUCAUCUCCACGUCUUCCUUUCUUAUUGGACAGAAAAAAACACGUCCUUAUCCUACUAUGCGUACUAUGGCGAAGGCAUAUUUCACUAAAAAAUAAUCAAGUUGCUCGGUAGCCUUCACGUGGCAAAGAUGAAGUUAUAAAUAUUAAUAAUAUAACGAGUACGUCUUUUUCUUUCACAGCGAGGGUUUCCUUAUGAAUAUUAAUUAGUACCAAUCCUUACCCAUGCUAGGGUCGAUACAUUAUUUCCCGGAUGGAAAGUAGCAGGACGAGGAGGGGUGCGUACACGAGAAUGAUAUCUAGAAUCUGUUACGUACACAAAAUGAUUCAAAGCCUUGAGCAUUUCCUUGAAUUGAGCUGAAACGGUAUUUCUUAUUUAAUUUAUGUUACUAAACACCAGAGUAACGUCCCCGCAUCUAGUAGGCUUACUAGGCUAACCACUGACGUGUACGGUGACGUAGCAUAAGUGAAAGGUUUUUAAUGUAGGGAUGAUGAGCUGGAUGCAGGAGGCCUGAAAGCAUCAUUUGUACCACACGUACAUCGUUUAUCACUCAUCAUCCGCACAAUGGAGGAGAUUUUACAGAAACUUCAGAAGGAGGCAUCGGGGAGCAAACACAAAGCACUUCGGGACGCUUGCGGCGUCGCGUGUGAGACCCUGGAUGCUCAAAGAAGAUGGGUAAGGAUCUCACCAACUAAACUCAGAGAGAGUUGUCUAUAUCCCCUUCAGUUGGCACUGGAGUCAAAAAACACUAAACUGGCUCAGACCGCCCUCACAGGAAUGCAGAAGAUCCUUUGUGAGGAUUGCUUUGUUGCCGUGGAAACAGAGGUUCCAGAGAAGCAGCUGCUGAAUCAAAUUUUGGAAGCCAUCAGGGUGACGCCCACCCUACAUGAAGACCUGCAGGUGGAGGUUAUGAAGGUUCUGCUGUGUGUCACCUACUCCUCUACCUUUGAGAUCAGUGGCCACAAUGUCUUGAGAAUUGCUGAGUUGUGCAUUGAGACGUACAUAUCAAGUUGUCAUCAGCGCAGUAUCAACACAGCGGUAAGGGCCACUCUCAGUCAGAUACUCGGAGACCUCGCCCUACAACUGCGUCACAGACAGGAAAAUUCAGUUGGUGAUGGAGAGGAACGUUCCAUGCCUGUGCUCCAGCGCAGAGCAGAUAUCUCUCCAACUACUGAUGCACUGUAUGAAGAUGUUGUUAUGGUGCUCACUGUAUUCUGCGACAAACUGGAGUCCGUCUCAAAUGAAAACCAGUUGCUACAGCUGUUGUACCUGGAGUGUAUUUUGUCCAUGCUUAGCAGCUGUCCUCCCACAAUGCAUCUGCAUCGUCAUUUCACUGACCUUAUCUGGAAACAGUUGUGUCCAAUCCUGGUGGUGAUUAUGGGAAACCCUGCAAGUGAUAAAACCAUCACUUCUGCCCAUGGUGGGCCAUCCCAGGACUCAGACAUGGUGUCAGGGCCGGCAGUUUUGGACCAGGGGCGUGGAUCUGGGUGUUCCUCAAGUGCCCCUGCCAUGAUUGGGCCAGUGGUUCGCACAAUCUGCUAUGUUGCAGCAGAGUUAGUUCGUCUGGUAGCCUGUGUCGAAUCCAUGAAGCCUGUUUUGCAGUCUUUGUACCAUCGUAUACUUCUCUAUCCACCCCCACAGCACCGAGUGGAGGCCAUCAAGAUUAUGAAGGAGAUUGUUGGAAGUCCCCAGCGCUUGUAUGACCUCGCUGGUCCAUGCAUUAAUGAGCCUGACACAAGGAAGAGGUCCUUUUCAAAAAGGAAGUCACAUCUCGAUCUUCUUAAAUUGGUAAUGGAUGGUAUAACAGAAGCAUGCAUGAAGGGUGGGAUUGAGGCCUGCUACUCGUCUGUCUCCUGUGCAUGUGCCCUUUUGCAUACUUUAGAUGAGCUCAGUCAGGGGCGUGGCCUGCAGCAGGACCAAGCUUGCAUGCUGCUGCGCCGACUGGAUGAGCUGAAGGAGGGUACAGAGUCUACACGCGAGUCUGUAGAACUCAACGAAGCUGACUUCCGCUGGCAGAGGCGCGUACUCUCGUCUGAGAACGCCGCUUGGGAGAUCGGCAUCAUAGAACGGAGCCCUGACAUCAGCAUCAGCGUCACUACCGACACAGGUCAGACUACAUUGGAAGGUGACGUGGGUCAGAUGACUGUGGAAGGGGAGCUGGGUCAGACGACGCCAGAGGACUGUGGGGAGGGACCACGCCUUUCAUUGCCCUCUUCUAGUGGAGUCUUAGCAGGAACAGUCCCUGACAUGCCAGAAUGCGUAAAAGACAGCGCAACAGACCCGGGAGCCCCUUCCAGUAUGGCGCCUCCUGAUGUAGUUCAGCGCACCCAUGGCCUGGUCUUCCCUGACAUCACCAACUUCCUGUCUGUGGAGUCUCGAACACGUUCUCACGGCUCCCGCUACAGCGAGAGCAACUUCAGUGCAGACGAGCAGGAGCUGUCCCGAACGGAGUUUGAUUCGUGUGACCAGUACUCGAUGGCAGCAGAGAAGGACUCGGGACGUUCUGACGUAUCCGACAUGGGCUCUGAUAACUGCUCUCUUGUUGACGAGGAGCAGACCCCACGGGACUGUCCGGGGCACCGUACGCUACGGACAGCUAGUCUGUCCUUAAAACUGCUGAAGAACCAGGAAGCUGACCAGCAGAGUGCCCGAAUUUUUGUCCAGUCUCUGUCUGCACUUCUGCCACGCCUGUUAGGACUGCACAGCACCACAGAUGUCGAUGUCUCGCUGCAGAACUUCUCCUCUACCUUUUGCUCAGGGCUACAAGCAGGUGGGGUUCAUUCUCCGGGAUUUGAAGGUCGUGAAAGCCUGAGUUGUCAGGCUCUUAUGAACGCAGAUGGACUGUACCUGGUGUCCUAUUACGCUCUGUUACUCAACCUCAAACUGUGCUGCUGUGCACACUACCAGAGGAAACCCACACCUGCGUUGGUCACUUUGAAAGACUUUGUGCGUCAGAUCCAGAGCAGUGGAGUUCUGGUGGUUCUGUCUCAGGCAUGGAUUGAAGAGCUCUACAAUCAGGUGUUGGAGAGGAACCUGCUGGGAGAAGCUGGAUACUGGGCCUCGACAGAGGAGCAGUCCUUACCUCUCAUUACCAUGCUCACCGACAUUGAUGGGCUUGGCAGUAGUGCUAUUGGUGGCCAGCUGAUCAGAAAGGCCUCCACACAGUCACCCUUUACCUGUGACAAGAACGGCAGUGACAACCUGGUGGCAGGUGCUGCAUUUGCCCGCUAUGUCCUUACUGGCUGUUGGAAAAAUCUGAUCGACACGCUGUCGACACCGAUCACCGGCCGCAUGGCAGGAAGCUCAAGGGGUCUUGCCUUUAUUCUUGGAGCAGAGGGAGUUAAGGAACAAACCCAGAGGGAGAGGGAUACCAUCUGCCUCAGUCUAGAUGGUCUACGAAAGGCUGCGGGGCUCAGCUGUGCCUUGGGUGUAGCAGCCAACUGUGCAUCAGCACUUGCCCAGAUGGCAGUUGCCUCAUGUGUUCAGGAGGAUAAAGAGGAGAAAGAUUUGGGGGAGACUGGAGACACCAUUACUCAAGUUAAGCAGCGUGUUGAGCAGAAGCUUGAACAGAUGAGCCGCUGUCAGGGCGUGAGGUUGCACACUGCCCAUGUGCUCUGCAUGGAUGCUAUACUUAAUGUGGGGCUGGAAAUGGGAAGUCAUAAUCAAGACUGCUGGCCUCAUGUGUUCAGAGUAAUUGAAUAUGUCAGCUCACUUGAACACACUCACUUCAGUGAUGGUGGAUCCCAGCCCAAGUUCGCCAUCACUCAGACACAGCAGCCCGUGGCAUUGGAGCUGGAGGCCAGCCCUGAUCUGGAACUGGGCAUCAGCCAUCCUGUGAUUCAGCCCCUGUCCAUCCAGGAGCUUUUGAGGUCAAGUGGCCGCAGUAAAGGCUUUGACUUUCGGGGAGGAAGCCUGCUCACAGGCACCAAUGCGGCCAAAGCCGUCUGCACCCUUUCCACACAAGCUGACAGGCUUUUUGAGGAUGCUGUGAGUAAACUCAACCUGGUGGCUUUGGUGGGAUUCCUGCAUCAGCUCAGAAAAGCUUCACAGUCUCAGCUCUUUGAUUCAGUUACUGAAACUGGAGACUAUUCCUUAGCCAUGCCAGGGGAGGCUAAGUCAACCCAGGACAAGCACACUGCCCUCCAUCUCUUCCGCCUGGGGGAGGCCAUGCUGUGGAUCGUGAAGAACAAGAGCAGACCACUGCUGCACAUGAUGAGAGCCUGGAGUGUGGUGGCACCUCACCUUGUGGAGGCCGCCUGUCACAAAGAGCGUCACGUAUCUCAGAAGGCUGUCUCUUUCAUUCAUGAUGUUCUGAUGGAGGUUCUGAGCAGCUGGGCAGAGCUACCACACUUCCACUUCAAUGAAGCCCUCUUCAGACCCUUUGAGCACAUCAUGCAGCUAGAACUCUGUGAUGAGGAUGUCCAAGAUCAGGUGAUCACCUCUAUUGGAGAACUGGUGGAGAUGUGUUCAGCUCAGAUCCAGUCUGGCUGGAGGCCAUUGUUCAGCGCUCUCAGAACUGUGCAUGGAAACAAGACGGACAUGAAGGAUUACCUGAUUGGAGAAUAUUCAAUGGGGAAGUCACAGGCACCUGUAUUUGAUGUCUUUGAAGCCUUUAUCAACACUGACAACAUUCAGGUGUUUGCUAAUGCAGCGACUGACUACAUUAUGUGCCUUAUGAAGUUUGUGAAGGGUUUAGGAGAAGUGGAUUAUAAGGAAAUUGGAGAUUGUGUUCAUGUCAGUGGAUACAGCUCUACCGAUCUUUGCCUGCCUGCCCUGGACUAUUUGAGAAAAUGUUCACAGCUACUCGCCAAAAUCUACAAGAUGCCUUUUAAGCCGGUGUUCUUGGGUGCAAGACUGGCCAGUCUCCCCAUGAGAGCCCAGGAGCGGUCUGUGAGCAGUGAGGACGGCAUGGACUGUGUUUUAGCUGAGUUUGACGAUGAUACUGGUCUGAUACAAGUAUGGAUUCUUUUAUUGGAGCAGCUGACGGCAGCUGUGUCAAACUGUCCCCGUCAGCACCAGGCGCCUACUCUUGAGUUACUUUUUGAACUUCUCCGUGAGGUCACCAAAAUACCAGGGCCCGGAUUCGCCAUCUUCUCUGUCAUCCAGCUCCUCCUUCCAGUCAUGUCGCUAUGGCUACAGCGUAGUCAUGGUGACCACUCAUACUGGGACAUCGCCGCAGCAAACUUCAAGCAUGCUACUGGACUGUCCUGUGAGCUGGUGGUGGAACAUAUUCAGAGCUUCGUUCAUUCAGAUAUUGGCUAUGAGAAUCUAAUUAACUUGAUGCUGAAAGAUCUCUUUAAACUGCUGGUGUCUUGUGUGGCUGAACCAGCUGAGACCAUAUCCAGAGUUGGCUGCUCCUGUAUCAGGUAUGUUCUAGUUACAGCGGGGCCUAUCUUCUCCGAGGAGAUGUGGCGGUUAGCAUGCUGUGCCCUGCAGGAUGCAUUUUCUGCCACCCUGGAACCUGUAAAGAAUCUGCUGGCUUGUUUCCGAAGCGGUUCAGACAGUUUUACAGGAGAUGCAUGUGAAGUGAAAGUAGCAGCCCCUUCACAUUCCCCCUCUGCAGAGGCUGAGUAUAUGAGGAUCCGUGCCAUGGCCCAGCAGGUCUUCAUGCUGGACACACAGUGCUCACCUAAAACUCCAAGCAACAAGGAAGGGUUUGAGCACGCUCAAUCCUGUGUGCUGAUUAUUGAGCUUCCUGACGAUCAGCAUUCAAAUGGUCACACCCAGAAGAGGAUUCCCUUCAGGACUCUUGUGGUAAGUUUGCUCUCCCACCAAGUACUGCUGCAGAACCUCUAUGAUGUCCUCUUAGAGGAGUUUGUGAAAGGUUCUGGGAGCUCUGAUGGUCAGGGCAGAGCCACACCAAUGUUGGAGCCAAAACCAGACGGUUUUCUUCGAUACAUCUCAAUGCAAAACCUGGCCAUCAUCUUUGACCUGCUGCUUGAUUCCUACCGAACAGCACGGGAGUUUGACACUCGUCCAGGCCUCAAGUAUCUGCUCAUGAAAGUGUCAGGAGUGUGUGGAGCUGCUAACUUAUACCGCCAGUCUGCUAUGAGCUUCAAUAUCUAUUUUCAGGCUUUGCUGUGUGCCAUGCUGACCAACCAAGAAAACAUCACCGUAGAGCAGGUAAAGAAGAUCCUGGGUGAAGAAGAGGAGGGUGGCUCUGACUCUUCACAGCAGUGUUCCUCUGAGGAUGAAGAUAUCUUUGAGGAGAUGGCACAGGUGAGUCCCCCACGUGCACGUGAGAAACGCACGUGGCACACCCCGAUCCCAUCUCUCAGCACGCAACCCAUCAGCAGCGUGGACUGGGCCUGGCUUGUUAAACGCCUGCACAAGCUCUGCAUGGACCUGUGCAACAACUACAUCCAGAUGCACUUGGACUUGGAGAGCACCAUCGGAGAGCAGCCUACCCACAGGGUCGACCCACUUUUCUUCUUGCCCCUUUUUAAUUCUGAGACCUCCACACCCUCUACCGGGGGCCUUUCAGGCCAUGGCACACCCUCAGAAGACAGAUUUCGCCUCCAUCUGGAUGAGACUCCUUCUGAGGAGGUACAUACCUCUAGUGGGCUGGGUGCAAGUGUCCCCCAGCUAAGAGGGGAAAGAAGGGAAACAGGACGUAGGAAGGAAUGGUGGGAAAGUGCCGGAAAUAAGUUGUAUACCAUCGCCACUGACAAGACCAUCACCAAACUAAUGAUAGAGUACAAGAAACGCAAGCAGCAGCACAGCCAUGCCACAUUUGGCAAAGAGGUGAAUUUGGGAGAAAAAAGAGCUGAGACGGUGACCCUGCGGGGCCCAGACUCCCCAGGGCCUCUGAGGCCCCAGCAGUUGAUGGAGCAGGGACCGAUGCGUCACUCCUUUAGCGCAGGGCCUGAGCUGCUGCGGCAGGAGAAAAGACCUCGCUCUGGGUCCACAACCAGUUCCCACAACAUCUCACUCAGAGAUUCAGAGGCACAGAUACAGGCAUGGACCAACAUGGUCCUUACAAUCCUAAAUCAGAUCCAGCUAUUGCCAGACCCCAUGUUCAUUGCCCUGCAGCCAGCUGUGUUCCCCUGCAUCAGUCAGCUGACCUGUCACGUGAGUGACCUCAGGGUACGGCAGGCAGUACGAGAGUGGCUCGGACGAGUGGGACGAGUUUAUGAGAUUAUUCUGUGAUCACAACAGUCUUCUCCCUUCAAGCCAAGCUCAUAAUGGCUUAACUUUGCUAGUGUUUUAUUGUAAGGCACAGUGAUCUCUUUGUAAAACAAAUGUCUUUUGUGAAUGUUCUUCAGUAUUUAUGCUGUCAUAUUCAGAAUCUAUAUUUUUUUGUAUAUUCCUGAAAUGUUACAGGCUUUGAAUAUACACACGCCAAAUAUAAAAGUAUGCUUUAUCGGUUGAUUUUACUUUUUAUUUUUUGCAGAGGUUGUGUUUUUCUCAUACUGUAUAUUUUAACUUUAAACUACCCUGAAGGUUUCAAUAAGUUAAAAUCAUUGCAAAAUAAAAUGUUGAUGCACUUUUGGUAGUGCAUUUAAUAUCUAAAGCUUAAGAAUAUAAAUGUUAUUUUAUGCUGAUAAUAUCACAAUAUAUUUUAUUUGCUUUAUUUAAAGUGCAUGUAAUAUUUGCAUCCUUUGGCAAAAACUGAUACAUAAAUAUUAGGGCCCGUAUGUAUAAAACAGAAAUGCUCUGAAGCAGGGGCGGAUCUAGAAAAUUAUUUAUGGGGUGGCAAGGGGGUGGCAUGAGAACUACAAGGGGUGGCAAUGAAGUAAGCGUCCUUGCAUGGUUGUCGUGGAUUCAAGAAAUUAUAUACUGUAUAUACUAUAUUCUGUGAACACUGGACCUCAAAUUUUUAUAACAUUAAUAAACGCAACAACAAAUGUUCCUAUAAGUAAGUACCCGAGCAGCUACCUUUAGCAUCUCUGUAGCACCCUUUGUCUUAAUACUAAGGUAAUACAUACAGCUUAUCAAUAUCUAAAAACACUGACUGGUUGAACAUAAUGGUAUAAAGACAGUUAUAUAAAUAAAAUAGGAUUGCCUAGUUUAUAUUAAUGUAAAACAUAUUUGAAAGGCAAACAUCUCUUUCUCUCAUAACUCUCUUCGUUAAUCCUUUCACUCACUUGAUGAUGGAUUUCUGUCUUUUCACUUCUUUUUAGCUCUUUGCCAUCCAUAUGUUUCUUUCCUUCAUUACUUCAUCUAUUCUUUUCCCUUCCACAACAUAUUUUUCUGUUUUAUUUGUACCUUCCACUCCCAUAGUAUUUGAUUUUUCUAUUCUUUUUGGUAAAAAGAAUGGAUAUCAGCCUUUCUUUUAAUAAUAUCCUGGAAAAUGCCGCAUUAAGUUGUCUUUCAAGCUUUCUAAACAUACACAACACUGAAUAGUUUUGUCUCCUUAACGAAGACAAAUAAAAACAUUAGACUAUAUCAUAACGAGCGAUUUCAUAUGCACGUAUGGAAUAUUUUGAUUGAUGCAGUAGCUAACAAGACAUGACGGGCUAGAAAGAACUGCUUAAAAGAUAUUUACUGCUUACAUAAACCUGCAGUUCAGUUGUUUUAACUACCAAGCAACUACCUCGUGCAAUAUUUAACAUCAAUUUAAUUUUUAUUUAUUUAUCCUGAUGCAACAUUUAUCUAUAAAUAUGACCGUAUUUAGUACUCUGAUUUGCCGAUGUGAUGCUCAACUUAACCACUUUAAGACACUAAAGAGAAUUUGUUUUGGCAGCAUGUGAUGAUGUGAGGUGCUUUAUUAGAUCAGAAUUCCUCGCUACAGACGUGAAGAGACUCUUUCUUCAUGGGCAUAAGUUGCACGUUCAUAAUCAUUCUUGCCUUUAACCUCAACGAUGGAAAAGUAACGUUUGUGCUUUUUAUACUUUGUGUUUGCGUCCGCUACCUUUGUUUUGAGCUCGUUGUACUUCCCAUCGCUCUGUUGUUGCGGGUUUGUGCGACUCGGAAGGGAUGGACUGCAGCGCGAGAACCGGGCUGCAUGUGAGUGCCUUGGAUGGGGCGAUGCAUCCUUUCACCGCAGUUUCCAAACGUCUCCAACCACGCCAGAAAAGAUCGCUAGAUUUGUCCUAGUCGCUUUUUUAAUAAAGUCGCUAAAGGGGUCUAAAAAGUUUCUUAAUCUAGCGAUCAAGUCACUAAGUUGGCAAAUCUGCGCGGACUUUUUUUCCACUGUAAAAGACUUUCUGCUCGGACUGACUGCAUGCUUGUAUGAACUCUGCUGCCUCUGGUUGGCUAACGAUGGAAAUUAAGCCAAUCACCAUCAGCUACGUGGUUGUCCCACCCCGUCUAAGACACACACACACCAAUCAUCGUCAGAUAUGUGUCUCCCACCCCCAAACACACGCAGAGAAAAACUACAUUGCCUUUCUGGUUAAAAGAGCCUACUCGGGUAUAAAUUAUAUAUAUUAGGAUACCCGCGCUGGGGUGGCAUAUGGGGUGGCAAUGCUUUUAUUUAGGGUGGCAACUGCCACCCCGUGCCACCCCGGUAGAUCCGCCCCUG